AUGGCGUAUUCUUUCCUGCUGCGCCGCGGCCGAAGUGUUGCCGGAUUUUCUAGUUAUUUGAUUUCUGGAAAAUGGAGUCGCGACUGUAAUUGGUUUUGUCGGAGAGGCAUGAGCACUGCGGCGCUAAUGUCGCCGGAGAAAAGCAAUCCAUCUUCUUCUUGUUCUCCUUGGCUGAUGCUGCAACCCGUAUAUGAAGCCGGCGCCGUCUGCACGGCUGCGACGAUGACUUACAAGUUCUACAACCUGGCCGAGAACAGGGUCGUGACCCUGUGGGUCCCACAAAUACCAUGUGACCUUCCGAGUUUCCGGGGUUCCUCCGGCGGUGGCUGGGUAUCCAUUGUGCAGCCCGAAACCCGCGAUGUGUUACUCUACAACCCCAUAUCCCGCCGCCGCAUAAAGCUCCCACCUUUCUACGGCCCCUCUGUUUAUCCAGGCGAUAAACCCGGUCUCCAUAAGUCUAUCCUCUCUUGCUCUCCCGACAGUGAAAAGUGUGUGGCCGUGAGCCUAAUCUACUGUGCGAAUUCCAUGGCUGUGUGCUGCCCCUUGUCCAGUGACAAGUGGACCUGGUUCGGCACCCGCUCUGGAAGCGGCUAUUAUUUAGAUUGCGUCUACUCAACAAGCCAACAGAUACUCUUUGCCCUCACCGACUCUUAUCAGUUGGAGGCUUGGCACCUGACAGUUGCAUCCCCAGAAUUAAUACGAACUAUGGGUGAGUAUAGUAGUAUCCUCGAGCGAGUAGAGAAAGAGAAGAAGCAGGAGAAGAAUAAGAAGUUGUUACUGUCCAGAGACGACUUGACAUGUUGGUCUCAGCAUUAUCUGGUGGUUGCCGGAGAUGAUCUCCUGGUGGUGACUCAGUACAUCAUGCUAUCCGUUGACUCGGAUGGUUUGUAUGUCGACUUCGACUUAGAUGAUUCCAAUAGACCAGCUUUUGAGCUGCCGACCGUCACUAUUGAUUUUGAUGUUCAUAGAUAUGAUCCCAAGGAUGGGGAUCUCAAGUAUGUGGAAGGUUCGUGCUUGGGUGGUUGGACUCUUUUCGUUGGUAACAACAGCCAUUCUGUUGCGUUGCGUGCCCCAGAGCUCAAGCCCAACUCAAUUUACUUUACGGAUCCUUUAGAAUGGUUGAGACAAGGUAACCAUGACAUUGGCAUUUUCAGUUAUGAGGACAAGGCUGUGUCGCCAUGCUAUUAUCCAUGCGACCCUGCCAACCUAAAACCGAUAUUCCCAGCGCCCAUCUGUGCGGAUUCUGCUUGUGCUGGAUCUGCCCAGCUAAAAAUGACGGUAGCAAGCCGCGGCCCAAGAAUCGCCGAGGUGCAGCUCACGCUGUUAGCAGGCGCCCAGCACGCGCGCCCCUUCAGCCCGCCAGCAGCGGCCCAACAGCAACAACACGCGGCCCACUCUAGCGCCAGGCCCGCGCCCGUCAAGCGACCCAACCCACAACAACUAGUCUGGUCGGGUCAACUAGGGUUCAGUGACCCUUUGAGUACUCUUGGCCCAAUUGAAUGCUAG